GGAACCUUCGAAAACUCUUAUCAACAUUCCUCAAAGGAACACGAAAGAAGAGAGUUCUGCCUUUCAAUGGCUACUCUCAGUUUUAGCCCCGCCAAAAUCAGAACUCAUUCCUUCCAAUCUCACAAACCCAUUUCCAAAUUCUCUCUCCCUUCCAAACUCAACCAAACCCCAUCUCUCUUUUACUCUCACCUCUCCUUAAAAACAUUCAAGACUCUACAUUUUCGAAACAAUUCGAUCUCCGAUGUCUCAUCUCCUCCUGAAACAGAGACUGUACCUGAACAGGAUGAACAGGAUGAAGAAGACAACGACCCAACAGCGGAACUCUGUUAUCUCGACCCGGAAAUCGAUCCGGAGAGCAUUUUGGAGUGGGAGCUAGAUUUCUGUUCGAGACCCAUUCUUGAUAUAAGAGGAAAGAAGAUUUGGGAGCUUGUCGUGUGUGAUGACUCUCUUUCUCUUCAAUAUACCAAGUAUUUUCCUAACAAUGUCAUCAACAGUAUUACCUUGAGAGACGCUAUAGCUUCAAUCAGUGAUGAACUGGGUUUACCUUUGCCUGAAAAAAUUCGAUUCUUCAGAUCUCAGAUGCAGACGAUCAUCACAAAAGCUUGUAAUGAGCUUAGUAUAAAAUAUAUUCCUAGUAAAAGAUGUCUAUCACUUCUGUUAUGGCUUGAUGAACGCUACGAAACUGUAUAUAAGCGUCAUCCUGGAUUUCAAAAGGGAACUAAACCUCUUCUACCAUUAGACAAUCCUUUCCCAAUGGAACUACCAGACAAUCUGUUUGGAGAGAAAUGGGCUUUUGUUCAACUCCCAUUUUCAGCUGUUAAAGAGGAGAUCUCAUCACUGCAGACAACAUUUAAUUUCGGUGCAAGUCUAGAUUUGGAUCUUCUGGGGAUUGAAAUAGAUGACAAGACUCUUAUUCCUGGUUUGUCUGUCGCUACUUCGCGAGCAAAACCCUUAGCAGCUUGGAUGAAUGGAUUAGAAGUGUGUUCAAUAGAAGCGGAUACAAAUCGUGCUAGUUUGAUAUUAUCAGUGGGGAUUUCAACCCGAUAUGUUUAUGCAACAUACAAUAAAACAGAAGUCACUACCAAUGAAGCUGAAGCUUGGGAAGCUGCAAAGAAAGCAUGUGGAGGUCUUCAUUUCCUUGCUAUUCAAGAAAGCUUGGAUUCAGAUGACUGUCUUGGAUUUUGGCUUCUCCUAGACUUGCCUCCUCCACCAGUAUAAGUAGAACUUGUAUCAAAAUUCAAAACCGAAAAACCGUAAUAAUAGUAGUGGCUUUGGAUGGGCAAGUAGGUAUUAUUGUAACAUCAUGGUUCUUUUUUUCAAGGAAACUUGUCAAAUGGAUGUGUAAUCUGUGUAAUGUUUCAGAUAUUUUCAAGGUUAAAUUAAUGAUUUAUUUUG